AUGCGUCUUGGCAGCAUGAGAGAGCCACUAUCCUCUCGUCGACGGGGCGUUCCGAUGGCCUGCACCCAGGGUCCCUCUUCGGUCUCCCACGUUGCACGCGCCUUGGCGAUAUCGUCUCGUUCGAGGCCCGUGGGCGUUUUAUCUGUUGCAGGGUCUCUGCGUCGCCCAGUCCACCUAUCCAUCCAGCUCGGCCGCCCAGCCCCCCAGGUACAAUUCAUCUACCGUGCGGUCUUUGUUUGCUACGCGCUCUGUGCUCGUUGCCGGAGCAAAAAGGACGAAGCAUUGAGAGAGGGGGACAUCUCGAUACAUCCGGCAGGAUCGAGUGGUUCACGUUCGCCAGGGAGACCCAGCCCACACACGGCCGUCCAGGUGCCGGUCCGCGGUGAUGAAAGUGACGCAUCUGUUCAUAUAAGCUAUGCACACAUGGUAUUACCAGUGUGGGUGUCGGGCCCGUUCUCUCGCGUUUGUUCCCGUCCAGAUCAGGACUCAUCAGUCCACUUUUCCGUCGCCUUUGCGCCGAGGGCGGGCCCGCAGCUGUACUGGACUCUUUCACGCGCUGGCUCACCCGGGUGCGACAGGAAAUUGGUGCCUGCGAGUGUCUUAUUCCGUCUUCUUUCCAGCUGUGUGGAUGAGCUGAGUCGGCGGGUUCCGGGGGUGAGAGUCGUCCCAGAAGGUGUUGCCUACUGCCCUCUUUGGCUCGCGUGUGGUUAUGCAGAGUGA